AAUUUUUAAAUAUGUAUUGUGUAUAAUUAUCGCAUAUAUUUAGUAAAAUUAAUUACACAUGUAACUGUGACCAUAAAAAUCUGAAUUAAUGCUAAAAUUGGGCCAAGAUACAAAUUCAAAGAUAAUCUCUACGGCCGUCAACAGAGCUGUAAGAGAACUGCCCUGGAGAUCAAGAUUUGAAAUUUUAAAGGAAAGGGUUAAACCAGUUUAUAUGUCAGAAUGCUCUGGAACACCGAGGCGUGAAUACCAGGCAAACAUGAUUAACGGGGUUAGAAUCUGUCCAACUUUUAACCCUUAUGUAAAUCUAAAUAAAGAAAAGAGAUAUAGAUUAGAUAAUUGGCCCUCCAGAAAUUGGGAUGAUUGGAAUCCAGAAUCUUGUUAUGCAAGAGGUGGGAGAAGAAGACAUCCAAUUCCAAAAGCCUUUCUUCCAUUGAAGGAUGAACUAGGUGAAAAUCACCCUCCCAGGCUUUCUGGGCGUUACAAAGCGGAUAUAGAGAAACAAUUCUAUUUCAAUGGAUUACCAUGGGUGUGGGAUAAAGAUUACUAUACAGGGAAGAUACAUUACCAUGAUCGGGAGAUCCUUGCUCCAAAGAUCUGGUAUAGAAAUGCAUACAGGAGGAGAGUUAUGGAGUUGGAAUUAAAGAAUCUUGAUAAACACCUGAAGGAAUAUAGAGAACAAUUUAAGCUAAAGAAAAGGUAUUCGUAUUACGAAAAGGCCGUAGCAGCAAUCGCCGGAGAGGAAUUAGCGUCAAAAUAUAUAAGGCAAAGAAAAAUAAUCAAGAUCGGAUAGAUAGAACGAAUAUGUGUAAAUGAAAAGACGGUAAAGGAAAUGAUAUGGGUAACAAAGGCUGUAGACCAUCAAAAAAGGUUGGAAUUUGAGAUAAUCUAAAACAAAUAUUUGAAUAUAGACGGACGGUUAUAGGAAUCUAAUUUUAUAAUU